AGUGUUCCCAUGUAAUUUACUGCUAAUCAAAUUUAGGUCAACCGGAACUACUUCCGGUCAGAGGCUCCGCCCACUUUGAGACGUUAAUGAAUCUUUAUUGACCAGAAUGAACUUCUUGAGUGUUUCUCAGAGUAAUGUAGGAAUAAAAUAAAACUCUGGCUCUGUUUGGACCUCCGGCGGUGCUGUGGGAAUGGCGAACCGGCACCAGAUGAAAGAAGCCCUCCAGCAGCGCAUAGAGUCAUUGAAACAGCAACUCCACAGUCUGAGUCGGGACAUCUGGACCCGACCGGAAGUCGCUGGCGAGGAGGUGAACGCUCACGACGCGCUGGUCCGGUUCUUCUCCGAGCAGGACCGGGCAUGGACGGUCCAAAGUCACUACGAGCUGCCGACCGCGUUCCGGGCCAGCUGGGAUUCGGUCGGUACCGCCGGGAAACCCCGGCGGCUGAACGUGGGUUUCCUGUGCGAGUAUGACGCGCUGCCGGAAAUUGGGCACGCGUGCGGCCACAACCUAAUAGCAGAAGUGGGAGCUGCGGCUGCUGUGGGGCUGAAAGCGGCGGUGGAGACCCAGCCGGAGCUCCCAGUGCAGAUAACCGUUCUGGGAACACCCGCAGAGGAGGCGAUUGGAGGAAAGAUCGACCUGAUCCAAGCCGGGGCUUUCGCUGACGUGGAUCUCAUCUUUAUGGCUCAUCCGGCUCAGCAGGAUGCCUCCUUCCUUCCCACCGUCACAAUCGCUGAGGUGUCAGUGAAGUACCACGGGAAGGCGUCUCAUGCGUCUGCGUAUCCGUGGGAAGGGGUGAACGCUCUGGAUGCUGCUGUGCUAGCUUAUAGCAACCUCUCUGCGCUCAGACAGCAGCUGAAGCCUGAGUGGAAACUUCAUGGCAUCAUCAAACACGGAGGGGUGAAGCCCAACAUCAUCCCUGCCUACUCUGAGUUGGAGUUUUAUCUACGAACCCCGCGGCUCAGUGAUCUUUGGGAGCUGAAGGCCAAAGCCGAGGCGUGCUUCAGAGCUGCGGCUCUGGCCACAGGCUGCCAGGUGGAGAUAAUCUACCCGGCCCAUACUUACUCCAACAUUCUGCCUAAUGAAACUCUGGGAACCCUGUAUAAAGGCAACGGAGAAGCUUUGGGCAUGGUGUUUCCUGAGCAUCCAGCCAGCUUCUCUGGUUCCACAGACUUUGGCAACGUUUCAUUCAUAGUGCCUGGGAUCCAUCCGUUCUUCCACAUCGGCACUGACGCAUUAAACCACACAGAGAAAUACGCCGAAGCAGCAGGAGCCGAGAAGGCCCAGUUGUACGCCCUGCGGGCGGCCAAGGCUCUGGCUAUGACAGCUGUGGAUGUGCUGUGCUGCCCGGAUCUGCUGCAGCGCGUCAGGGACGACUUCAGGCUGGCCACACUGAGGGAGGAGACGUGACCAGAGGGCAGAAACAACAACUCGCAUUGAGACACACAAACUCCCCGAACUCGGCUGGACGGUUUCACUGCUAAAACAAGAAAUUAAUGGCACUUUGAAACAAAUUUCUAUGUAUUUUACAUGAUAAACCAACACAAGUGGUGUAAAG